AUGGGUAAGAAACAAAAGAGAAAAGCCGCCCGAUCAUUCGUCGACAAAACCCUUAACGUCUUAGGAGCCGACUCAGUUCUCGACACCAACAAAGCUUCCUCCAGCGAGCAGCAAGAUGCGGCCCCAGUCAAAUUUGAGGACGGUGUUCCCGUAACGACCGCGGUCGCGACACUUGAGAAAGAGAUUUCCACACAAAGCGAUGGUAGUCUCAAGCGUGACAAGCCGCAUGAGGCCGAUGACGAGGGAGAGUGGCAGGUCGUCUCGCGAGCUACCAAGAAGCUCAAAAAGCUUCCCAAGCCAGGCAAGAACUAUCCUACAAUCGCCUUUUCGCCCAACGCACGACUUCAGUCCAAGAUCAACGUUACUCAUCUACGAGAUCUUGUGACUUAUAUCUUUGCCGACGGUGCUGGUCCUCAAUGGAUUGGCGUUACUCAUCGUCCUGCCUUUCGAAAGAUUGUGGCUAUAAUGAUACCCGGCGUUGAGGAAGCCAUGUUCAAGCGCACAGUUGAUUUCGACACUUAUAACGAUACCGACAAGGGAGGAAAUACUGUCGCCACAUCACCCGACGACUAUUAUCCUAGGGAGCUGAAAGAGGACCGUUUACCAGAAGCUCUGCAGCCCUUUGCAAAGAUGUUCACACACUUGUGGCCUGUUAAGACCCCCGGUGACGAUCGCCAUGGAAAGAUGCACUCGCCGCUGGCGGCCUUCCUGACUGCUCCUGCCCCUAAGGAGAAGAGUGGGCAGAAGAAGGGACCCAAGCCAGCAUCCGAACCCCAAGGUUGGAAGAACGAGAGGACACGCAUUACCGAAUUCCUUUGCACCGUCGAUGACUUGAGUGACAACGGCUACCUAGUUCAUCCAGCUAUGUUGGAAGGUGUCGCCAAGGAUCAGUUUGUUCUACCUCCCGGUUGGGUGAUCACGAAUGUGGACAAACUCGAGGACGGAGAACCCCCUGCUGAUGAGAUCCAGAAGGGCAGCGUCACGGCAGGACGAGAUGUUUUGGCCCUGGACUGCGAGAUGUGCAUGACUGGGGAAAAUGAAUUCUCCUUGACGCGAAUUAGCAUAGUCGACUGGCUCGGCACCGUGGUCCUCGACGAGCUUGUCAAGCCUGAUAAACCUAUUAUCGACUACGUCACCCAAUUUUCUGGCAUCACUGAAGAGAUGCUUGCACCUGUAACAACUACGCUGCAUGACAUUCAACAGAAGCUCCUCGAGCUUUUGACCCCUCGAACGAUUCUAAUAGGCCACUCUCUGGAGUCAGACACCAAGGCUCUUCGCAUCUCUCACCCUUUCAUCAUCGACACCUCCAUCAUUUACCCUCAUCCUCGUGGACCUCCCCUCAAGUCGUCUUUGAAGUGGCUUGCACAGAAGUACUUAUCAAAGGAAAUUCAAAAAGGUGGCGCAAAUGGCCAUGACAGUAUCGAGGACGCCAAGACCUGCCUCGAUCUUGUCAAGCAAAAGUGCGAAAAGGGAAAGUCUUGGGGUACAUCUGAUUCUCAAGGAGAGAAUAUGUUCCGUCGUCUUGCACGGGCUGGAACCGCAUACAAGGCUCAAGGGGGCGCUGCGGGAGGCCUUGAAGUCGGCAAGACGAGCGCCGCUAUUGAUUGGGGCGACCCUUCCAAGGGUGCGGGAGCCGGCGCCACGCAUCAGCUUGGCUGCAAGAACGACGAGGAUGUGACCAAUAACGUAAUCCGUGCUGUACAAGGAGAUGAGGAUGGUCUUGAGAUUCGUGGUGGCGGGGUUGACUUUGUUUGGGCGAGAAUGCGAGAGCUUGAGGCCCUUCAAGGCUGGUGGAACCGCAACCGUGUCGAAAACACGAACAGCGACGGCGGUCCCCCCGAGGAGGCUGAGGAACAUUCAGAUAAGUCGCAGCUUGAGCAGGCGUUGGUUCGUCUCACAGAGCGCAUCCAACGGAUCUAUGAUGCUUUGCCGCCCUGCACCGCCUUCAUGUUGUACAGCGGUUCAGGCGACCCUCGCGAGAUGUCUCGUCUGCAGAAAGUGCAGGCUCAGUGGCGCAAGGAGUAUAACACGCCCGGCAAGAACUGGAACGACCUCAGUGUGAAAUGGACUGAUGUCGAAGAGCAAGCGCUCAAGGAAGCGGCGAGAAAGGCCCGAUCCGGUAUUGGAUUUAUCACAGUGAAAUGA